AGUCCCUAUUUGGAACUGCUCUCGCGGCAGUUCAGACCUCGUGCUCGUCCCCCUCGCCUGUCUGUGUGUGGUAUCCGCAGGUCCGGGGCACUUUUUUUUUUUUUUUUUGCUCUGUGUGUGUGUGUGUGUGUGUGUGUGUUGGGGAUUUGUCGGGGCUCGAGGAGAGCCGGCCCGAGGGGAAAGAAGGAAGCUGGGUCUCAGGCUGCGUCUCCCCUCCAGUGCUCUCCUGCCUACGAGCUCUGAGGCGGCAGCUGCGGUGGCACUGAGCACUCCUCUUUAGCGACGCUGCGCUCGAUCUGGGAGCAGCGAGGACCCUUAGCGGAGGCUUCCCGUGCCCGCUGGAGUUAGGAUGCCAGGGCGGUUGAUUUGCACCUAUUGAGCUCGGAGUUCCUACCCGGCCCUGGGAAGGGCUUGCGGCGGCGGCGGCGGCGGCGGCAGUAGCAGACGGAUCAGCAGGCUGUGUUCUCCGAGGGGGGGCGUCGAAGCGCCCGCGCCGGGCUCCCGCCCUCACCCUCCGGCGCUCCUGCGGCCCCAAGCCGCCACCUCGUUGCCUGACUCCUUCCUCUUCUUCUCGCCGCGAACCCCGGGCCCAGCCGUCUCUAGGACCAGAUCCUCGCGCCCCGGAUGUUUGGGGCUGCCCCCACGCGGCCCCCUCCUGGCUUGACGCGCUGAGUGAUCCGGCGGGGCCCCGAGCUCGCCCCAGGAGGGGCCCCCAGCCUCGGGACCCCGCGCCGGACCCUCCAGGGAGCCGACGAUGACCGCGCAGCCCCGGGAUCUGACGCUCUCGACGCAGCCCAGAGAAGGCGACCGGCCGAAACCCGCCGAGCCCUAGGCGCACAAAGCCCGCGUCCGUCGCCCGGCCUCGGCGCCCGCCGACGACUUUGCAGCCUGCUCCGCGGCUCUUUGUCUCCACUUGGGGCGGGCGCCCGACUCUGGGAUUUCGCUGCGAGAGCGGGCUGGGGGGGCCGGGGGCGAGCUCUCGGUUUCCCGGCCGCCCCCCGCUCUGGUUCGGCUCCCCCCUCCCCCGCACCACUUCGGCCCGGGCUCUCGGCGCUGCCACGCUCUCGGAAUCACUACCCCUCCCUGCCAUGUAUCCGCAAGGCAGACAUCCGGCUCCCCAUCAACCCGGGCAGCCGGGAUUUAAAUUCACGGUGGCUGAGUCUUGUGACAGGAUCAAAGACGAAUUCCAGUUUCUGCAAGCUCAAUAUCACAGCCUCAAAGUGGAGUACGACAAGCUGGCGAACGAGAAGACAGAGAUGCAGCGCCAUUAUGUGAUGUACUAUGAGAUGUCCUAUGGCUUGAACAUUGAAAUGCACAAGCAGACAGAGAUUGCGAAGAGACUGAACACAAUUUUAGCCCAGAUCAUGCCUUUCCUGUCACAAGAGCACCAGCAGCAGGUGGCACAGGCGGUGGAACGCGCCAAGCAGGUCACCAUGACGGAGCUGAACGCCAUCAUCGGGCAGCAGCAGCUCCAGGCGCAGCAUCUCUCCCAUGCCACACAUGGCCCCCCGGUCCAGCUGCCACCCCACCCGUCAGGCCUCCAGCCUCCAGGAAUCCCCCCAGUGACAGGGAGCAGCUCUGGGCUACUGGCGCUGGGUGCGCUGGGUAGCCAGGCCCACCUGACAGUAAAGGACGAGAAGAACCACCAUGAACUUGACCACAGAGAGAGAGAAUCCAGUGCGAAUAACUCUGUGUCACCCUCGGAAAGCCUCCGGGCCAGUGAGAAGCACCGGGGCUCCGCAGACUACAGCAUGGAAGCCAAGAAGCGGAAAGCAGAGGAGAAGGACAGUCUGAGCCGAUAUGAUAGUGAUGGGGACAAGAGUGACGAUCUGGUGGUGGAUGUCUCCAAUGAGGACCCAGCAACACCCCGAGUCAGCCCCGCACACUCCCCUCCUGAGAACGGGCUAGAUAAGGGCCGCGGCCUGAAAAAGGAUGCGCCUACCAGUCCCGCCUCGGUAGCCUCUUCCAGCAGCACACCCUCCUCCAAGACCAAAGACCUUGGUCACAAUGACAAAUCUUCCACCCCGGGGCUCAAGUCCAAUACACCAACUCCGAGGAACGAUGCCCCAACUCCAGGCACCAGCACGACCCCAGGGCUCCGGUCCAUGCCAGGCAAGCCUCCAGGCAUGGACCCGAUAGCCUCUGCCCUGCGCACGCCCAUCUCCAUCACCAGCUCCUACGCGACACCCUUUGCAAUGAUGGGCCACCACGAGAUGAACGGCUCCCUCACCAGCCCUAGCGCUUAUGCAGGUCUCCACAACAUCCCACCCCAGAUGAGUGCUGCUGCUGCUGCCGCCGCUGCUGCCUAUGGCCGAUCACCAAUGGUGAGCUUUGGAGCUGUUGGUUUUGACCCUCACCCCCCAAUGCGGGCCACGGGCCUUCCCUCAAGCCUGGCCUCCAUUCCUGGAGGGAAACCAGCGUACUCUUUCCACGUGAGUGCUGAUGGGCAGAUGCAGCCCGUGCCCUUCCCCCACGAUGCCCUGGCAGGCCCCGGCAUCCCAAGACACGCCCGGCAGAUCAACACGCUCAGCCACGGGGAGGUGGUGUGUGCCGUGACCAUCAGCAACCCCACGCGGCAUGUCUAUACAGGGGGCAAGGGCUGUGUGAAGAUCUGGGACAUUAGCCAGCCGGGUAGCAAGAGCCCCAUCUCCCAGCUGGACUGCCUGAACAGGGACAACUACAUCCGCUCCUGCAAGCUGCUCCCUGAUGGGCGCACGCUCAUCGUGGGUGGCGAGGCCAGCACACUCACCAUCUGGGACCUGGCCUCACCCACACCCCGCAUCAAGGCUGAGCUGACGUCCUCAGCUCCCGCCUGUUACGCCCUGGCCAUCAGUCCUGAUGCCAAAGUCUGCUUCUCCUGCUGCAGUGAUGGGAACAUCGCCGUCUGGGACCUGCACAACCAGACCCUGGUCAGGCAGUUCCAGGGCCACACGGAUGGGGCCAGCUGUAUAGACAUCUCCCAUGAUGGCACCAAGCUGUGGACUGGGGGCCUGGACAACACCGUGCGCUCCUGGGACCUGCGUGAGGGCCGGCAGCUGCAGCAGCACGACUUCACUUCCCAGAUCUUCUCCCUGGGUUACUGCCCCACUGGAGAGUGGCUGGCCGUGGGCAUGGAGAGCAGCAACGUGGAGGUGCUGCACCACACCAAGCCUGAUAAAUACCAGCUGCAUCUGCACGAGAGCUGCGUGCUGUCCCUCAAGUUUGCCUACUGUGGCAAGUGGUUCGUGAGCACUGGGAAAGAUAACCUUCUCAACGCCUGGAGGACGCCUUAUGGAGCCAGCAUAUUCCAGUCUAAAGAAUCCUCGUCCGUCUUGAGUUGUGACAUUUCAGCAGAUGACAAAUAUAUUGUAACAGGCUCUGGUGACAAGAAGGCCACAGUUUAUGAGGUCAUCUACUAAACAAGGACUCCAACAGGGCUGUCAAACUCUGGGAGAAACCAACACGGCUCUGACAGGGAGACCCCUGGGCGAGGGCCCCCAAGGACGGCAGAGGAGGGGUGGCGAGCAGCCGAGCAUUCCCCGGGCUGCGCUCUGGCUCCCGCAGGCUGAGAGGGUGCGUGCCCCUGCGCAGUCUGGACUCUGCGCGCGGAUUGAUGUGUGUCUGCAGACUCAGAUGGAUCUUUCUCCGCCUCCUCCCCCUUAACAAUGCUGGCACGUGCUACAAAUAGAUUUAUUUGGAGGCUUAUGGCACCGGGUCCCCACAGACACCCAUCUCAUGAAUCUCUGUCUUUUCCUCCCCUUUCUCCUGACCCGUCCCCUCUGCCUCGGGUCAGGGACGCUGGAGUGGACCACAUUGUUGUACUAGGGGAGGGGAGACCUCUUUUUCCUGAUUGUGCAGUGCACAAGAUUUGUGAAAAAUGUAAAUAACAGACUUCCUAUCUCGGACUGAUCAGUGGGGGAGGAGGCCCCUUCCCACCAGAAACUCUCGCCGUGUAUUUCGCCUGCUGUAUUUGUAAUCCACUCGUGGUGGUGGCUUUUUUUUUUUUUUUUAAACAGAUGGUCCCAUCUGGGAAGGGGAGGAAGAGAAAGGGGAAGAAAGGAAGAGUGGGGAGAAAAUCCUUAGGGUGCAAAAAAGGAGCUUCAGCUGGCCACCAGACUGAAUGCAGGGUGCCCUCCAGGCUGAGUGCGCCUCUGCGUGGGUCUGGCUCGAGUGCCAGCCAGGCAGAUAGACCGAUGGACGGCGCUGAGGCUGGCCCAACCUGGGCUGCCGCCGCGCACAGAGACUGCGGGAGCUUGCUGUGGUUUCCUGGGCUCCGGCUGGCCCCUUGCCCUGUCUCCCCCUCUCUCAGGCGUCUGUCUGUCGCUCGUUCUGUCUUUUUCCUCCUCAGCCUCAGUCUUUCUCUUUGGUGCACACUUGGUUAUUGUGACAAGAAAUGGAAGUUCAACGAAACUCCCUCUCCAGCCCUUAAUCUUUGGACACAGCCUAAAAAGGACAAAAAGUUAGAGGAAAGCAUAGCAACUGAGCUCAGGGAGCUACCAGAGAAAAAUAGCAACUGAUGUGGGUGCUUUUUUUUUUUUUUAAUUUGAAUAAAAAGAAUUAGAAGCGACGUCCUUUUAUAAAAUGCCUUUUCCCCAUUUUCUGCCUCUAGCCCCUCCCUCUUCCCCUCAAGGGGGGAAAUGUACUAACCCCUACAGGGUGGUGAGUGACAAGGUUAGCUCCCCUCGCCCCAUGCUGUGCAGGGCAGUGGGGCACCUGGGGUGGGGGUGGGAGGGACACAGAUCUUGGCACACUGUGGAGAUUUCCUUGCAACUUUCAUUCUCUUAGGGGCCCAAACAGGUUAUCAGUAGAAUACUAUCUGGCAGGUACCACUUUUUGGUACCAAAAUAUUCUGAGAGGUAUUAGGAUUUUGUUUUUUCUUUUAUUCUUUCUUUUUUUUUUUCUUUUAAAGAAAAGCUAAAGGCCGCUGUGAGUCCUGGUGGUGGGCUCUCCAUGGAUGUAGCAUAUGGAAGCUAAUUUUUAUACCGCAUUUUUAUGGAUUAUUUUAUAAUGUGUGAUUCUGUCUGAUGAGGAGGGAGGGGCUGCAGCGGAAAUGGCCCGUCUUGGAUGAUGUUGCUCCCCGGCCUGAGCAGCGUCCCUGAUGCGGUGCGGAGGCCUGACGUGGAGGCCGGCACCACACCCUGUGCCUUCCCGAGGCUGGGGGCAUGGGGCGUCUGGAGUCUGUCGGGGCCUCAGAUGUUCACCCGCCACCUCUUGUUAAAGCUCUAGCCAGAAGGGAGGGUGAGGGGUAGAAGAAAGUUAUUCCUGAAGAAAAAAAGAAAAUGAAAAGUCAUUGUAAUGAGCUGUUUUUAUAUUUUUAAAAGUUACUAUUUAAAGGUUGGUUUGAUUGUUGUGUUUUAAUUGCCCCUCCUCAGUCUGUCAGUCCUCCCUGUGAAGAGAGCCAGGCCACUAUCCCCCUCACAUUCUGGAGACUGGGCCUGUUCCCUUGUCACAGAGGCCCACUCUGUCUACACAAGCUCUAAUGGUUUCAAAGCACCCCCAGGCUGCGGCCUCCACCCUUAAUGCCGUCUGCAGGUGCAGGACUGAGGGAUAGGGCUGUCUCUCAGUUUCAUACCUGUGUCACCUUCCAGCUAAGCGCCUGGGAGUGGUGGGGUGAGAGCUGGGAUUUCCUCUGGGCAGAUGGGCAGGGCAGAGCCCACUGAGGGGAAAGAGGGCCACAGGUUGACACCAAAGUAUUGUACAUCUGUCAAUGCAAAACUUUUUGGAAAAAAAAUUAAAUGUAAUGAACUUCAAG